GGCCCUACUGGCCCCAUUGAUCCCCCUGGCUGUCCUUCAUUCCCCGGGGGUCUGCUGGCUGGGACGCUGUGGGGACACAAGCGGCGUCAGGAACAGGACCAGAGACUGCGGGCCAGACUAAGGGAAGAGGGAGCCGUGGUGAUGUCGGCCAUUUUGGAGCGCUGGAAAGCCCUGGCGGGAUACAGUCGCAGAGACAGCAUGGCCGCCUAUCUCACCAUCGCCCGGCAGUGGUCGGGUUUUGGCUGCACGCUCUAUGAAGUGGACUUUUACAUCAGCUCGACAGGAAGCUUCUCUCAGAAGUUGUGGCUGGGCGUGGCGGCUUCCUGUGUGUCUCUGUAUCGUCAGGGUGAGGCUGAAGCGUUGGAGUCUCUGCCGAUUGGUCAGAUCUGUUCCUAUGGCGUCUCUGAUAGCAACACAUUCAGGAUCACUGCAGGAGACAGAGAUCUGCUCUUCGAGACCUCCAAGCUGACUGAGAUCAUGCAGCUGAUGAAUGCUUACUUCAGUGCCACCCGUCGCCAGCUAGGCAAGGAUGACUGCAUCUCCAUGGAGACAAACCCUAAGCUCCGCCCCUCCCUACUUGAGCUCCCCUCUCACCCGGUGUGAAGAGAGAAGGACUCGCGCGCGCACACACACGGACUCUGACUGAUGCACACAUGCAAAUGCAGUCCUGACCGAAUGCUUCCCUGUGAGGAGCUUUUGCAAAGAGGACAAACUCAAAUGAGACUGAAAGGAGCAGAUGCUGUGGAAAUGGAGGAGGAUUGGAAGGUGUCCAGGGAGCCACAAACAGGAGAGCAGGUUCAGGAACUCGCUUGCUACACCACCAGCCAAAUCCAGAAAGGACACGGGGCCCUCAACCGGCCCCUGCCACCUGGAAGCCCGCCAAAUAUCACAGAGAGCAUAAUAGCCCGACUUCAGAGUGCAAAAAAUCAUUUUCUUAAGCAGUAUUUUUGCCUUGUUUUUUUAAAAAUAUUUAAACAUCCUUAAAACAACAUUAAUUUAUUUUUACUUGCUUUGAAAAAUUUAAAUACAUUUAAUUUUCCUUAAAUUCAUCAAGUAUUAAGACUAUUUUAAGAGUAACUUUUCAAGGAAGCUUCUUUUUCUUAUUUUGCAUCUCAUGUAAAUUGACCUUGUUUAAAGGAUGUUUCUUUUUUAUUGGAAAUCAUGACAAAAAUACUUUUUUUUUUUUGCAGUGAUGUCUUUGUAUUUCACGCUGCCAUCGCACUCGCACACAAACACUCGCUCAGCUUUAAACGUUCCUUUCCAGACUCCUGCCUGGAUCGCCAUUAAACUCAUUCAUCAAACCGUACCUGACCUUGAAAUGAAAGCAGGUGCAAGUCACUUUCGCGUCGACCUUCAGAACUGUCCAAUACUGAAGCGACGGUGGUGCGUGUGUGCGUGAGAGACAGAUUUGAACAUUUUAAGCUGUAGAAACCAAAGGAUCUUUAGCUCGUCUGUAUGAUGUGAGUGUAUUUGUGAAAUGCUUUGAGCCUGACCUGGUGCUGCUUGACUGUGCUGUUAGCUUACAGUAACUCUGCACUGUGCGUCCUGUAGCCACAACAGCCUCAGAUCUUUAGAUCCGGUUAAAGCCGACUAACUUAGACAACCGUUUGCAGCCUGGUACCUGUGAAGGUAAAUGACAUUUUGACAUUUUCAAAAACACAACAAAAAGACAAUUUUGGUUCAUACCAAGCUUCCCAGACCUCUCGAACACAUUUUCAAACACUGAAGAUAGACAAAUAAUCGACACUAUUGAUAUGCAACAUUGUCAUCCCGUAUUCUAAUGAUAGUACAUUUCCAUUUAAGGGAUAGUUUACCCAAAAAUGAAAAUUUAGUUAUCAUUUACUAACCCUUCUUUCAUCUUGCUGAACACAAAAGAAGAUAUAUUUCUGGUAGUUUCAUAUUAUGAAAGUAAAUAGGGUUCAAAACAGCAUUACUUUGGACUCCAUUGACUUUCAUUAAAAAAAAUAAAAUUAUAUGUAUAUAUAUAUAUAUGUGU